AUGGAGCCAACAAGACGUAGCGGAAGAAUUCAAAACAAAAAAUUGGUAGAUACCAAGGAUAAUAAAAAAGAUACAAAUAGCAAUAUUGUUCAAGACAAUAGUGUGGCAAAGCUUGUUAACGAUAAUAGUAAAAAUGAUACGGUUGGUAGUGGUAAAGAUAGUAAUAAUAAGAGCAACAAGCGUGGUAGAAAACCAAAAAAUUCCAAUUUAGAAAAUAGUAAUAACAAUGAUAUCGAUAAUUCUGGUGGAAAAGAUGAUGCGAAUAAUGAUAAUAGUGUAAAUACUAGCGCAAAGUCUAAUAGAGGUAGAAAGAAAAAGGUAGCAACAGUUGAAAUUGAUAAAAAAGGAACAGAAGAACAAAAAUCAUCUCCAACCACUACCGUUACUACUACUACCUCCUCAACCAGAGGAAGAAAGAAAAAAAUAGCUGAUGGAGAUGACAAAUCUGGUGAAUCUAAUACAAUGGAUGCAACUAUUAACGAGCCAGGAACUGAAGUUAAUAAAGAAAUAAUCAAGAGUGCUAUUACCACCACUAAAACUAAGCCAACAAAGGGAAGAAAGAAGAAAGAAGUAACUUUUGAUAAUGAACCUGCAGAAAAUAAAAAUAUUUUUGACGUAGAAAUGGAUGUUGAACCAUCCGCAUCCGCUAAUACUACAACCACCAAAACCAAAUCAACAAGAGGAAGAAAGAAAAAAGCAGCCGAUGACGAGAGUGACAAGGCUAUUGAUAAUAACACUGAAUCCAAUACAGUUGCUGAUGCAGAAAUAAACACACAAACUAAAUCUUCCAAAGUUACCAGCACUACUGCUAAAACUACCAAGGGAGAAGAAGGAAAAGAAAGGUAA